AUGAGCAGCAAGAAGGUGAUCGCAGUCCUGGGCGUCGGACCUGGCAUCGGCCGUGCGGUGGCACUUGAGGCGGUGGCCAACGAGAUCAAGCAGCACAGCGGAGCACAGACGUUGAGCAUUCCCACAGACGCCAGGGACCCCGCAUCGGUGAAGCAGGCCUUCGAGACCAUCCGCAAGGAGCUCGGUGCUCCAGACGUGCUGGUGUACAAUGCGGGAGGGUUCAAAUAUGGUGGCAUCCUGGACAUCGACCCGACUGAGUUCGACAACCUGUGGAAGUCCAACUGCUUUGGAGCGUUCCUCGCCACGCAAGAGGUCUUGCCGGGUAUGCUGGAGAAGGGCAGCGGCACCAUCCUUUACACCGGCGCAACGGCUUCCCUGCGCGGCGGCGCCAAGUUCUCUGGACUGUCAACCGCAAGAGAGUUUGGCCCUCAGGGAAUUCAUGUGGCGCACAUCAUCAUCGAUGGCCAGGUGGACCUGGAGCGAAGCAUCAAGGCACAGGAAGGGCGUGCUUUGGACUCGUUCCUCAGCUCCGACGCCAUCGCAGAGGAGUACUGGCAUUUGUACACCCAGCACAAGACCACAUGGACGCUGGAGCUCGACCUCCGCCCUUACGUCGAGAAGUUCUAG